AUGAAUCUACUUCAGCAAUCUGAAGCUCUGGAUAAGGCUCUGAAUUCCAUGGACCUGCAGAAAGUGUCGGCUGUCAUGGACAAGUUCGAGAGCCAGGUUCAGAAUCUAGACGUUCAUACCUCGGUGAUGGAGGACUCCAUGAGCUCUGCCACCACGCUGAGCACGCCGCAGGAGCAGGUGGAUGAUCUGAUCCUGCAGAUCGCGGAGGAGAGCGGCCUGGAGGUGGAGGACCAGCUCAGUCAGCUGCCGGCGGGAGCCUCGUCACUGGGAGAGACGUCAGUGCGCUCGCAGGACAAAGAAGACCAGCUCUCCAGACGGUUGGCAGCUUUACGUAACUGAUGGCGUUCAGAGAUUCAAUCAAACCUUUCCUGCGUGGAGGACGCUGGUUUUUAUAACCCAGUCCAUUUAUGCACAUUAUCUCCCACACUUUAUGAUGAAAACAUGUACUGUCUCUCCUUCGUCUUUGUCAGCUCUUUAUUUCUCAGUGUCUCCGUCAUCUAACAUGACUGUGUCUGUCAGAAGAGCACAAGUCACUUCCCCUCUUUAUUUCUGGACGAGAAAGAUCAGGAAGCUCAUUUCUACUCUACGCAGGGCUUCUGAUGCCGAGGAGGGCUCUUGGGUUUUGCUCAUUGUCUUUACCGACACUGUGUUGAUUGAAGUUUGCAUAUUUAUUUAAACCUGAUAGAGACUGAUCUGUUCAUAACGUCAGUGUAGUAUACAGCGCGUGAAAUGCAUGAUUUUCUCCUGAGUUUUCUUCGGUUCCUCAUGCCUUACUUAGGUGCUUCUUGCGUUCAGUGCCUCCAUCAUAUUACAAGAGUGUAUGAAUCCAGCCCAAAUAUAAACACACACACACACACACCAUAUUGUAAUGGAAUCUUAUUUUCUCAUAUUUCUGUAAGAGCCUUUGGUUCCUGCUGCAGUCGUGCGGUGUUUCCUCCGGAUCAGCUCGGGUGUAGGGUUAGAUCAGUUUCUUCUGAGCAUUCAUCAUGUAAAUAAAUAAAAUCAUUCUAAUAUCAGUUCUGAAAUGCGUCUUAUUUGGCAUGUUCCAGUGCUGCUGUUUUUUAAGCAUCUUAGUCCGUUAAACCACAUUUGACAUGCUGAUGUUCACAGCUCGUUCAUGCUUGUGAAAGCCUCUGAGCUGAACCUGUAGAUUCCUGGUGACAAUCCUCGCUGUGGGCAGGUGGGUUUGAUUCUGAGCUCGUAUGGACAGAAGAACCUGAUCAAAGCCACAGAAGCUCUGUUAACAGCACUGUUCUGUCAGUACCAUCCUGUACAACACCAAAUAUGACACGUUUUACACCCAAGUAAUGCUGAUUUACAGCAUGGGAAGACAUGAAGUGAUGCUAGAUGAUUGAGAAUGUAGAAUGCCUCUUCCAGUUAUUCAUGCCAUGAAUAACUAGAUGUUAGAAAUGUUCCACUACACAUACAUGCUUUAUUACCAUUACUCUAUGUUUAUCGAAUGCAAGCACAUAAUAAAUGUUCUGAUCUUUCUUGUCUGGAUGUUUCUUUUUGUUCUUUUCACUGAAUAAAAUUGCACACUUUUUUAAAAA